ACAUACAUAUAUUAGGUAUGGACUGUUCGCCGCGACUCGUCUGAGCAGUGGAUCACAAUAGUGCCCUGCUGAAUGGUCGUGUGGUAUCCUAGAACGUUUAGCUCAGUAGUUGAGUAGUGAUGACCAUUGCAAUAAGCGAUUAAUUAUUGCCGCAGUGUGUAGAAAACUGUAGAUCCGCCUUGCUCAAUGGUUUUGCUAUUCGGCAAAAUAAGCGAGAAACGACGGCGGGAAGAGGGUGAUAGGCCUGUUUGACUAAGGUACCGGUCGGCUUCAAAAGCGUUCGAAUAGGGAGGGAAAACCACAAUGAGAUGGUAUGGCUAGAAUAAAAUUCUACGGAAAAACAGUUAAAUGUUUGGAUAGAAACCGAGAUACGUACCAGAUACUCACCUACUUAUUAUUCACAACAAAUAAAGGAGGAAACUGAAUUAAGCUAAAGAAGUCGCCGGUGUAGUCCUUGAGAUGUACUGGUGAUUGUUGUAUAUUAAAAUACUGAAUCUAAUGAUACUGUGACGUCUCUUGCAAGAAGAAUUGCGCAUAUGAGUAAAAAAAAGUUGUGUUGCAACUUUAUUUGUGUGUGUAGGUGACGUAUCUAACAAGUGGUACCGAAAUAGUUCAUGAGAAGACCUUGGUAAAAAAAACAGCAAUUAUAAAGAUUUGCACCAGCGUUACAUGAGGGUGGGUGCAUGAGCUGAUUAAGAAGCGGUGAACCGUCAUGAAUUUUCUAAGGCCAUUGCGAUCGCCAUGCCAACUUUCUAACGUUCACCGAUUGUUACUAAGGGCAACUACACCUACUCUAAAAAUUGCAGUUGAUGCGAGAUACAGUGUUCUUGGUUCAGAAGCAUCUCGCAAUCAAAACACCUCAGAUUUGCAAGCGUUAGGCUUCUCGACUAAAAAACGAGUAUCUAAAAAAAGAACAACAAGCUUCCAGGGGAAGCCAAACAUAUUAGCGUAUGCCACGUGUGAAGAGUAUGAUCUUACCGCGAUACGCAAAGGUCUUUCGGAGCAGGGCCUUUACGAACCGCUUACGCUGCCGGAAGAAAGUAAUGCAAUCCAUGCAAGAGCGAAAUAUCUUGUUAACGGGAAAGCCAGGAAUAUUUUUUUUUUCGAAGAGGGCUCAGUUGUGUUUUGGAAUAUUAGUAAGACGGAAGCGAAUAUUGUGCUGCAAUUUUUACGGCCCUUUGAAAAAGGUUCGUACCGUCAAGACAUGGUUGAAGAUGAAAUUGAGCUUAUGGAGUUCAUUUUGCAUAGCGGACCGAAAACAAGAAUUUCAGAUGGCAUAAUUGAGCUGCGUCGCGUCGAGCCAGACCUCAAAGAACUGACCUCGCAGGAGCAUAAAGCAGGCGCAGCACAAAAAAAAAAAGGAAGCACGUUUGGAAACGUCGAAAAAUUUGAGGGAAAUGCUGAUCCUCUUGAGAUGUACGCUUUUUCUAAUGGCAUAGCCCUGUCCGUCAAGCUUGCAAUAUGGGAAGCAACACUUGAGGAAUACGUAACCAGCAUUGAGGAUAUACUCAAGGAAAUUGAGAGUGGCAAAAAACUCACAGUUACAAGACAACACGUUUUUCGUAAAACGGGUGAACUUUUCUCCUUACGUCACAGGCUCAAUCUAUCUUCAGAUCUUCUAGAUAUACCCGAUUUCUACUGGGAUCGCGAAGAUCUCGAAGCUCACUUCUUAAAAACACGAAAGACGUACUCCAUUGAUCGACGGACGCGCGUUAUGAAUGAAAAGAUUAAGCACUGCCAGGAACUUAUGGACCUCGUUUCACAUCAUCUUGAGGAUAAGCAUCACGUCAGGCUUGAACUAAUGAUAAUUAUUUUAAUUGUUGUGGAAGUUAUCUUCGAGUUUAUCCACUACGCGGAAAGAUUUUCGCAUUCCGAGGAAGAGGAAAUUAUUCAAAAAUGAUUUUACAAAACAAAAGGAAUGAAUGAUCUCGGUAAAAAUAAUUUUUUAAGAAAACUUAUGAGACUUAAGUUAAUCUAUUAUUAAUAAUAAUGUUACAUGCGAUCCUUACCUGUAAUAAAAUAACCUGGUUAUUCAAGAUUGUCCUUA